UCUUUGCUUACUACGUUGUCUCUUGGUGACAGACUCGAGUAUUGUUUGACUCACACGGAAACUGCCGAAAAUCAUGACAAAUGUUAUCUAGCUGAAAGGGGGAUUACCGACCUUUUGCUCACUAACCAUCCUCGAAGAUGAUGAAUAAUCUGUUUUCCGCGGUUAAAUUAUUGUCAGGGCCUGAAAUUUUUUUCGCAUGUAUAAAGGCGGCCGACGAUGAUGAGAAGGCAUCAACCUCCCCCAAGCUCUCCUUUCCCUCACCCCCUAGAAUUGUAUCGCCAUGGUCCAAGACAUUUUCCGCGACUCGACCAUUGGCCAGGCCAUCAACUACAUCUCAAAUGGCCGUAUCUUUCCCUACGCUGAUCAGCGACCAGACUUCAAAGUCUCUUCGCAUUUCCUCCUUCCAUCAUCUCAAAGACCGUCGACAAUUGUGUCCCCAGAAUCCGACGCGACAACGCUGUGCGGUGACCUAGAAAAAUCUAGAGGUCCAUCAACACCAGGAGUACAACUCACGAGGGAGUCCACUCUGUCUGUAGAUCUUGAUUCAGAGAAGCAAAAGCAGAUCGAUGUUGCUCUCAGCUCAGAUCCAUACAUAGUAGGGUGGUACGGCGACGACGAUCAGGAUAAUCCAAGAAACUGGUCUCCUGCGAAACGCGCCUUUGUCGCGUUCAGCAUCAGUUUUUUGACCUUCAGCGUGUAUAUCGGCUCAGCCAUCUACACACCGUCGAUUCCCGGCUUGAUGGAAGACUUUAAUGUCACUCAGACCACCGCCACUCUCGGUCUCACGCUGUAUGUUCUUGCGUACGGUAUCGGACCCAUGUUUUUGGCGCCUCUUCAAGAACUUCCGGGGAUAGGCCGUAACCCGGUGUACAUGGCUACACUGUUCCUAUUCGUCAUCUUCCAGAUACCCGUCGCUGUCGCCAGAAACAUGAGCACGGUUCUGGCGUUCCGAUUCCUCACCGGGUUUGUCGGCAGCCCUGCCCUCGCUACGGGAGGUGCAUCCAUGGCGGACAUCUAUCCUAUGCAUCAAUUCCCAUACGUUCUGGGCAUCUGGGCGCUCGGAGCUGUUGCUGGUCCCAUUACCGGUCCAGUUAUCGGAGGAUUCGCAGCCCAGGCUAACGGAUGGAGGUGGCCUCAGUACGAACUCAUCUGGAUCGCCGGAUUUGCGCUUAUCUUCCUUCUGCUGCUUCUGCCUGAGACCUACGAGCCAACCAUCCUGUUGAAGCGCGCACAGCGACUUAGGAAGCUCACAGGAAAUCAGGAGUUGAGGUCACAAAGCGAGAAGGACAAAGAGGGCGAGUCUUUCGGAGAGGUGAUGCAGGAGGCACUGAUCCGUCCCUUCAUUCUUGCCAAGGAGCCAGUUUUGAUGUUCGCAAACGUCUAUCUUGGAUUUGUCUACGCUAUCUUUUACCUGUGGUUCGAAGCUUUCCCGCUUGUUUUUACCGACAUCUACAAUUUCAACUUGGGCGUCAGUGGCCUGCCUUUCCUUGGAUUUGUUGUAUCCGGCGCCAUCACUUACACUGCAUACGUUUUCUAUCAGAAAUAUCACAUUGCACCUAGGUUCGCCAAAGCUGCAGCUGCAGGCGUCGACAUUGCACCAGAGAUUCGCUUAGAGAUCGGUUUAAUUGCAAGCAUCUUCAUCCCGACUAGCGUUCUCAUAUUUGGAUUCACCUCGAAGGAGAGCAUUCACUGGAUUGUUCCCAUCAUCGGCUCCGCGCUCUACCUCCCGGGCAUCUACCUCACCUUCCAAAGCAUCCUGACAUAUAUAACUUCAGCAUACCCUACUUACGCCGCAUCGGUCCUCGCUGGUAACGACCUCUUCCGCUCCGCCAUCGCCAGCGUCUUUCCACUCUUUGGACGUGCGUUCUUUGUCAACCUCGGUCUGGGCCCGGGAUCUGCCCUCCUCGCUGGUAUCUCCUUCCUGCUUAUGCCGGUGUUUUGGGUACGUCGCAUUCAAGUCCAUACUAUUUUUACAAGCUGACCCUUUUGUUACAGUCACUGUGGAAAUGGGGACAUGUCUUGAGGAAGCGCUCGGCCUAUGCGGCGAGCCCAUAAAAAACGCUCAGCACCUCCCACUACUUUUAAUCAGCUUUCGCUGCUGUCUUUGCGCUACGAAAAGGGAACGGCGUGCCAAAUGGCAAGAACUUGGAACGAUUUGGAAUAUACCAAAUGGAACGUGCCUGCACGAUAGAGUCAUAUAGAGCUAUAUCACUAGUAACUUGCAUCGUUUGUAUUUCUAGGCAUUGAGACAACGAAUACCAAUCUAUAUUAAUUCAAGAAAACUAUUUGAUCGAG